GCAACACUCAAAUGCUACAAAACCCUCCACCUCAAAAACCCUCAACUCGCCCGACACUGGGAAGUAACAGGCCAAGCCAAAAUCGCACUCAAAGGAACCUCAGACGAACAACUCCUCGAACUAGAAGCCAUCGCGAAGAGUCUCAACUUAUGUGCGCGUGCAGCACAUAGCGAACAAUUGACGAAAGGCAAAGAGGGUACCCGGACUGUCCUCGGCAUUGGACCUGCUCCCGUCGAUCUAAUAAAUCAAGUAACAGGCAAACUACGAUUAUUAUAA